AUGCGCAUGACCUUGGCUACAAAGGAGCGUUUGGCGCAUGUGCAAGUGGUCAAGCCCGAGAACGAGAUCAUGGAGGUGUGGCUCGUCAACGACGCGAAGGCGCUCAGCAUCAUUGCUCAUCAGGCCUCGAUCGCUUGCACAUCACACGCUCUAGGUGGAGACUAG